UAGUGCAGUGUGUGGUCAUGUGACUACUGCGCAGCAUGACCAAUUUAGUUUUGAGCAAGGUGUUAUGUGGUAAAGUGGAUAGCAUGCAGUAUAAACCAUUUUUUCCCUGGGGUCCUCUUGUGAAAGUUUUUGCCUGGGACUAGAGUUCCAGCUAACACAGAAUGUUUUGUCAACAUUAAAUUGCCACUAGUCUUGGCAACAGCAUUUUGAGAAUGUUUUGUGUUGGCUGGGAUUCUAGUUUGCUAAUGCCUUGGGGGAGAGCUUCCAAGUCUUCCGCCUGCAUCGGGUGGUGCAGGGCACCUGUUAAGGUUGUUUAAACAGUGGGCAUGUUAUCAGUCAGCAUGCUAUCAGUUGAUGGAACAGAGAACACUGCCAAGGGAAGAUGCUGUUUGUGUUGGUUGCAAGAGACUUUUAAGGUAACUAGGAAACAACAGUCUCUGUUGACAUGGCACUGCCUCUCGUUGUCUUUUAAUGUGCAUAGAAACAUAUUACAUAUAGAUAAAUGGCCCUGAUUAUAGAGAAGGUGCAUUCUUCUUCUUUGUCAUGCGAUUGUUGAUUUUCAGAAAGAAAGUCAUGUUCAGAAGCGGGUCUAGGUAGCCAUGCACAGAUGCAUUUGCAAAGCAUUCUCCAAACACAAGCUGGCCACUGGGGCAUGAGCCAUGGCAACAGUGCGAUUCCCCAGUUGUAAAAAUCAGGAAGUGGCUGAUCGAAAAAACAUCAGAUCCUCCCCUCCCAUUGGCUGUGGUUACCUGUGUUUUUGCACUGGUCACAUGAUUUCAAUCUCAGUGUCUCAGCUGUUGGGUUCCCAUCCGUCUCGGUGCAGUCUUGACACCCCCGCCCUUUUCAGUAAACAUGGAAUGUGUGCCCCACAGCACGAUUUAUGUCAUUGCAAAGACAAGCAACACACAACACCUGUCCUUAUGUCCUAGCAAUAUGAUGAUAUUGCCGAAUGGUGAUCUUGUUGUGAUGGGCCUGCCUCAUUGCUAUAACAAGCUGGUCUGAAACGGCUGCUAACUGUGGCUUGGUGCACAGGGUUUCUAAAUUAUUGACUUAUAACAGCUCUUGCCCCAGAGAGACCACACACAGUCAACCAGAGCUUGUACCGUUUGUUAGAGGUCCUGCCCAAGUUGUCGCCAUGGUCCCUUUCUGGCAUUUGAUUGGUUCAAACCCAUUCUGGAAUUUGAUUGGUUCAAAUGUUUGGCAAUAGGAUCAGUUAGAAUUGAUUUCUAAUGGCUGGGAUUGAUGCAUUGUCUCCAUACCAGAAUCAUAUUGUGUGGUUUUGAGGCGGUACCGUGGGUUGCUCUGCCACACAACUGAUCGGAUUCCUGCCUUUGUAAUGUAGAAGUUCCCAAAAGACACAACAUAGGCUACAUUUUACCAAAUGAUGUCCCUGCACUGUCCAGAAAAGAUUAGCAAUGCAACUCUGACGUGCACUGGGUAUGUUGGAAUUUGGCUGUGUUUUUAACCAUUUUCAUUUCCAUUGGUGUGGAAGGGCCCUGCUAUCACUCCAGUUGAGGUGAAUGAAAUUGAAACUUGCCAAAUGAAACUCAUCUUAAGCAAAAGGCCGUUGUAUUGCGUUGUGGGAGCUGCUUGUGCCAGCGGCCCUGUGGGAAGAGUUGUUGUGCACAGCGUGCGUAGCGUGACAGAGGCAAGGCCUGCCAGCGUGUUUCCUGUUGAAACUCUGAUAGGCCCCAGCAUGCAGCUCAAACAUGGCCACCGCUCUAACCACAAUUAAUCAGCUCAUUUAUGUCUCAAAAGAAUACACAUCUCAGUCACACUGCAAUGCUUUUCCGCCCUUAUCUGAAUGUCCUUCCUCUCGCAUUAGAUGCAUGUCUGCUGUUGCUGUGGAUAAUCAUGUUACCAACAUAAAUCAAAGAGGGCGUGGAUGUCUGCAUAAUUAGAGAUUUCAUAGUUUUUCUUUCUUGACCCUUUAGUCUGGUUAAUGUCAUGUCUCGUGGUUGGUACUAAUUUGCAGUGUAAAUCUGGUUCCAGGAGGCAUUGCUGUAUACGGGCUCCUAAAGUGGAGCAUGUGAGUGGCAGAGCGGGCUUCAUGGUCAUCUUGUAAUCAGCAGGAACAUGUACUCUGAAGGCUCUGAUAAGCAGUUGAGGGAGGAUGGGGAACUGGAAGAUGGAGAAAUAGACGACGAAGGGAUAGGCAUUGAAGAGGAAGGAAAAGAAAUCAAAGAAGAGGAUGACAAAAAGGAGAAGGAGCGGGAGAGGGAUGACAAAUCUCGCAGGCGCUCGAGAAAGAGGUACAGGAAAGCAAGAGAAAAGAGGAGGUCUAAGAAGAGGAGACGAGACCGGCAGAAAAACCACUCCCCCUCCAGCUCGGACAGUUCGGACAGCUACGAGUCCGAUCACGAGCGCUCGGAGCGGCCCAAGAGCAAGAAGAACCAGGGCCCGUACCGGGACUAUGACAACAUGUUCUCUCAGCAUAGCCAGUCCGGUGGGGGACACGGCAAACUGCAGAGAACCGGCUCACACAAAAACAGCGACUACGACAAGUUCAGCGACUACAGCGAGGACAGGUAUGACUAUGAGGCUGAGGAAGACGACUUCGCCGACGACGGGGGCCACUAUCGACAGGGCAAGGAGUGCCCCGCCUACAGCAAAGGAGGGCCCUCCAAGGAGCAGAUGAAGAGGCCCAACAUGAAGGGCGUGCAGAAGCAGCAGUACAUGGGACCGAAGGGGAGAGGCCGGGGCGGUGUGGGCCGGGGGCGCGGCAUGAUGAACAAGAACAAGAAGCAGAAAGGCAAGAACUGGGGACGCGGGCGUGGCCGGGGCCUCGACCAGGCUGGGGACGGCAUGAAGGAGGACGGGAAGGGCCCGCCCCCCUUCCAGAAGAAACGGCCAAUCAUGACACAGGAGUUCAUCAAUCAACACACAGUCGAACACAACGGAAGAUACAUCUGCAAGUAUUUCCUGGAGGGAAGAUGCAUCAAAGGGGACCAGUGCAAGUUUGAGCACGACCUAGUCGUACCUGAUAAGAAGAAGGAGCUUUGUAAAUUCUACAUCCAGGGGUACUGCAGCAAGGGGGACAACUGCAUCUACAUGCACAGUGAAUACCCAUGCAAGUUCUUUCACACGGGAGCCAAGUGCUUUCAGGGAGAAAAGUGCAAGUUCUCCCACGAACCGCUGAACGACGUGGCCCGAGAACUUCUGGACAAGGUCCUGAACACGGAGGGGGAGGCUCUGAACGAGGACGAGCAGGAGGUAGAGGACCUGCGGAAGCAGGGCAUCGCCCCCCUGCCCAAACCGCCCCCUGGGGUGGGACUUCUGCCCACGCCCGGACCCAGCAGCCCCCAGGACGGCAAGAAGAUCCCCUCCCUGUUUGAGAUCGUGGUCCAGCCCACUGUGGACCUGGCACAGAAGAUUGCACUCAGCAUGCCCAAUUUCUACAACAGCUCCUCCCCCACCGAAGCCCAGUUCCAGGGGAACGGCCCCCCGCCCCAGUUUCCCGAGGAGGGGCAGGGCUCAAACACAAUGCCCCCCGUGCCCAACGGGCCCCCCGUCCCCCCUCCAGGCUCGCCUCUCCCCCACGGGGGGCCGCCCCUCCCCCAGAGCCCGCCCGGGCAGCCCCCACCACACAGCUUCCACCAGGGGCCCCCCAUGAACCCCCCACCUCCAGGACAGCUCGCCGGCUUCCACGCAAAUCUCCACGGCAACCGCCCGCCCCAGCAGAACCAGCAGGGACCCCCGUUCCCACCGCCGCCAGACAUGCCGAUGCAGAACAUGCCGUACCCGGCCGCACCCCCCAACUCCACCGAGUUCUUUGGCGGUUACUACAGUAACCAGGCCAUGGGCCCUGGAGACGGGCUCCACCAGGAGCAGCUGGCCUACGGCUGCUCCCAGGAGGCCCCGCAGGGGCCCGGGGAGGCGGACGGGGCGGUGCAGGUGCCCGACUUCCUGCCGGCGGUGCAGAAGGCCCUCUUCCUGAGGCUGAGUCAGAAACAGCAGGAGGGGGAAGCCCCGGCGGAGGAGGGGAAAGGACAGAGGAGGGGAAGCAGAGACAAAGAUGAAGCCACUAACUGGUACUCCAGCGAUGAGGAGGAUGGGAACAGUAUGACGGCCAUCCUCCGGUCGCUGAAGAAACAGAACGAAGCGAUGAAGCAGCAGCAGCAGCCUCCCACAAUGCACCAGGCCGCACCCCCUGCCGGGCUCUGUGACCCCCGUCUCCACAAAGACCGGGCCCCGCCCAGCGACCCCCGCAAGGCCGACCCACGGCAACGUGCGGCAGAGAUGAGGAAGGGCGCGGAGACGACCUCUGACCCCAGGCUGGUCCGAGACCCCCGGAAGAUGAGGCCCCCCGAGCCCAGCACCCCUAAAGCAGACGGGGGGCACCACCCCCACCCCCACCCCCACCCCCUGCACAGACCCCGCAGCACAGAGGACGAGGAGGAGGGGGAGAGAGAGCCGCGGGAGAAGGCCCUCAUCAUCCCACUGGAGCCCCGCCCGGGCGUGGCCCUGAAGGACCCGCGCUGCCAGGUGAAGCCCUUCAGCCACAUCCGCGUGGACAUCAUCCUGUCGCGCCCCGCCUUCGCCCACACCGUGGUGUGGGCCCCGGAGGACCUCAUCCCCCUCCUCAUCCCCAAACAGGAGCCCUCCAUCAACCUGCCCCUGCCCCCCCUAAUCGCCGACGCCCGGCUCAACCGCACCCUGGGGGGCCCGCUGGUGGAGUCCCCCGCCCCCCCGCCCCCCCUCGACCCCCGCCUGGCCGCGGCGCGCCUGAAAGAGGGCGUGGGCAGGGUGGGGUUCACCGGGAGGAGCCUGGAGCUGAAGCACCCCCCGGAGAAGCCCCUGGACCCCCGAAUCAGCCGCUCCGUCAGCCUGGACUCCAAGCUCCCAGCGCUGAGGGAGGCCGCCCCGGCCGGGGCCCUGGACCCCAGGCUCCUGAGGGCCACCUCUGCGGGCACCUCCGCCCCCACCACACCCGUUAAGCCAGAGCCUGAGAAGCUGCCCCCCUACGCCCCCCGGCUCUCCUCCUCUGGAGGGGGGCUGGAGAGCCCCACUGCCCUCUUGGGAGGGAUCAGCCUGUACGACCCCCGGAACCAGACCCCUGCGCAGCCCCCUCGGGAGGAUGGGGUGGAGACCCCCAAAAAGCCAGGGAUCCUGAAACAAUCCUCCACCAAGCCGCCGCUGUCACCAGCACACACGGGCGGGGCCGCACACAACGCCCCGGCCUCCGAGAGUCCCUCAGAGGCCCCUGCGGGGGGGCAGGGGGCCCUCAGGCUCCAGUCCCCCUCGGCCCCCACCUCACCACUCCCAGCCCCUGCCGUCCACAACCUGCCGAUCCAGGCCCUGGCAGGGUUGAUACGGCCCCCUUACGCUGACCCCCGACAGGCCAAACCGCUGGGACAGCCAGCAGGGCUCCAGGAGGACGGGGACACAGCCGAGGAGCCCGACGACCGACCCCUGAAAGACGUUUUCAAGACCUUCGACCCCACAGCUUCACCUUUCUGUCAGUAAAACAACCCUGUAACUAUUAUUAUGAAUUAACAAAACGUCUGUCACAGACUCUGUGUGAGUCACCUCACCCCAAGUAACUUUAUUGACCAUUAUAUAUUUAUUUAUUCAGUUGUAUAUAGAAACAAGGAAAACAUUUAAGAGUAAGUUGUAUACGCACUUAUGUGUUGAUGAAAGGCAGCCAUUGACACUCUCCUGGUCGACACUCAGUGUUGCCAUGAUGACUUUUGGUUUGCUAUUGCGGCGCCUGCUCCACCAAUGACGUUGCAGGAUUUUUAGAACAUGACGCGCUGGCUUGAUUCAGACUUGGUUGGUGUACAGCUAUCAUGGGUGUAUAAUGUAUGUGGUGGGUACAGUAAAAUUUUAUUUUGUCAGUCACAUAGUGUAUCAAAGAGAUGCUAUUAUCUUAUUAAAGGUACAGUAUUAAGGGUUUACCUUUUUGUGUGUGGAACAAAAGCAUAAGAAGAUGUUUAAGAAACUGCCACUUUUAUAUUACUGUACAGUGUUUAGCUUAUAAUUAGGCAAGAUGCAACAAAUCUACCAGAACGAAAAGUAAAAAUAUUCUCUUUUAUCCUCUGCACUCCAUUUGUACAACACCAGUACUAUGACACUUUUGCAUUUGUGAUUGCACACCAUGACAAUGAAGAAUGUUGGAACGGUCGGAGCCCUGGUUUGUUUAAUUCAGAUAUUAUGUACAAUACUGUGUUGCUGUACGGUGCUACUUCUGUUUGACAUGAGUGGCAUUUUCCCUGUUCUCCAGUCUCACCUGAUAAGGCACGUUGUAAAUGGCUUCUUUUGUAUGAUAAACACAGUGCUUGUUAUGAACCUCUUCACAAUUUGACCUUUUGUUGUUGCAAUGGUUGUGAAAUGAUCUGAUCAGAAAGGAAAAUCAAAACAAAUUGUGUUGCGUUGAAACUUUUAUAAAUAACUGUCCUCAAUAAAUGACUACUGUAUA